CGACGGUCGGACCUCAGUCGUCCGCGCACUCUCGAAUGGUGAGGACGGUUGUGCUCGGUGGUGAAAAGUUAUCUCGUUCUCGCCACUGCGAGCACCGUGUGGUGCAAGGCACGUCAUACAUCGCCCGCUUCAGCUGACGCCCGAUCUGUGCGACGUUUCCCGCCGACGUCACAGCUUGUGCGGGCAUUCGACCCUUGGGUGAUCGACAAAGGGAGGACCCGACGACACGGCGAUUCAGUACGGAACUACAAGCGUUCGACAAAGACUGUAAAACGGGCGCGAACGAGGAAGAAGAGUCCGUUUCGGGAAACGGUGGGACUCAAACACGAAACCUGGGUCAAGGUUCGAGAAAAACCGAACAUCUGAACGAUGUGAGAGGAAUAUAUGGACGGACACCAAACGGACUGGGCAGAUUCGGCGAAAUUACGAACACGUGGCGGGACGUGAAGCGGGCGUUAAGCCUGCUGUGCGUAAAGAAAUUUUCCGGCAGCGCGACAAUGCUGGAGGCGCCGCCCGGAAGUCGCGAAGACCUCGUCGAGGCGGCAAGAACUCCAUGUACACCCACCGAUCUGGACACGAUGCUGUACGGAUACACGAACAGCAUAUACGUGCUUGACCACACGCCUGAAUCCUUGCCGGACAUGGAUAUGCUGCAGCUGUUCGCAUCUCCGGCGGGUCGAGCGUUACUCACGAGCGACAAUCGGACGAGGGGAUCAACGUCGACCUCCUCCUUGUCUCGAGAAUCCUCGUCGAGGUUGAAGAGCAGCAGGAGACCAUCGGGUACUGGCACAGUCAGCGCACCUACGUCGCCACCAAGACGGCGGAAGUCAAGCGCCGAGCUUUACAAGGAAGCUGUCGAAAUUCUCGGCCUCACUUGCUCACUGACCGAUAGCUGUCGUUGCAUCGAUUGCCAGAGCAAUUACUUCGACUGUGAUGACGAUUGCGCCGAUGCUGGUACAGAAUUAGCUGCAGGCACUCCUAUUCUAUUGGACCACGCUCUGCAUCAUCUGACUGUGUGUUCCAUACAGUAGCAAACGACCGGUAGACGAAAAUUUCGGUCCCCUUUUUAGCUCGCUCUGCCAUACGUUCCAAAAGAGGAUGACGACAUCGUCAGCAUGUCAAAAUCUUCCAACAAUUGCACAACAAUUCGCGUUAAAUACAGGAAUUAGCGAGACUGAAAAACAGCUAACGCGGCAACGAUAUUACGUAGAUAUCGAAUACCGGGUAGCACGAAAAUUGAAUCGUUCGUUUUGCAUUCCGUGAGUCUCCAUAGAGUUUAAAUAUACAUUUUCCUUGCCAAGUAAAAUUUAUCUGACACCUUGUACGAUUUAGUAAUUAUUUGCUCAACCAUCGGAUAAACGACAGCGUUAGGCGUUACACGCGAUACGUGAAUUAUUAUUCAGAUACAUCCAAACAUGUUCAUUUCAUGAUAAUAUAGUAGAAUAUUGAUGAACUUUUACGAUAAUGAUGUAAAGCAAAGUAAGUUCUUGCACAUUAUUAUUUGUUUCGUAUUAUUGUAGCGGCGUAACGACUCGUACGUUUGUAUUGUAUUCGAAAAUUCAAAAAUUACGUUCAGAAACGAUGAUAAAGCACGGCUCAAAAAUCGCUCGAAUUUAAAUUAUGCCAAAACAGCGCCAAAAAUUUUACGAUAGGAUUUCCUAAUUAAUAAUUAGCCCAUGCACUGCGUUCGUACCCCGUUCGGUCAUCCAUCGGAUAAAUGUACCGGUAUAUAUUAUCUAAUCGGAUCGCCGAUAUGCGCGGUGUAUAUGAAGUCUGUAUACAUACAUGUACGUGCAUGUAUGUAUACAAACAUAUAUAUUAUAUUUACUACAUGUUUUAUUAUUAAUACCUAUUUAAGUCUAGCGAAAUGCAAUUGUUGAAUAGUAAGUGCGCGAAGCUAAAUGAUAAGACACUCCAGACGGUGGAAAUAAUUUCGCACGACGUAAUGUAUAGACUUUAUACGUACAAUAUGUUACGCAGUUGAAUAUGUGUUCGAUUAAUUUUUCUAACGUAAACCCCCUUCUACUGAGAACUCUACGUUGAGUUAAUUAAGGAGACGCGAAUAAUAAAACGGAGUUGGUUUUCUCAACUUGUGUAUGGGGCAAGUACACAGUGCCCAUUGUAAAACAAUGUCUCGGCGAAUUUUUUAUUUUCUAUAUAAAUGAGAUUUUUGUGAGAUAUAAUUAACAACCAGAAGGUUAAGAAGAUUUCUCGCAACAUGUAAUUGUAAGCGACGUAACGAUAAACAAAGUUAGGCCUGAAUUACGUUGCGCACUUCGAAGAAGGUGACAUAAAUUAAAAAGGUGCGAACGGGAGAAAGCAUCGUACUGUGAAAGAUUAAAAAAAAAGCUUAGCGAUAUAUCUAACCGGGAUUUCAAAGAGGGUCAAGUGCCAAAUAAUUUAUUGCUAAGCUUUGCCAGAUAAAUAAUCGAAUUGUUAAGGAAACUGUCGCGUGUAUGUUAAUUAAAACGUUGCGUUAUAUAUUCGGACGCUCCGAUAAAAUUUUAUACCGAGCUGGAACAAAAUAUUAACUUUUAGAUUUAAUCUAUAGGAAUCUGGUAUAAUCUCUGCUCGCGAAACUUUUUCUCUUGUGUAUUAAAUUUUCAUCGCCUUGUGUUAGUUGAACAUCUUGUAGUGUUCUUUUAAAUCAUUCCGUAUAAUAAUUUAAAUUAUGCAACUUUAUAAUGCCAUAUAUAAGCACUCCAUAAUUUUCAGUUUUCAGAAAGUAAGUGUAUAAAAUUUAAGAUGUCCAUAAAUAAAAGGGAUAUCUAUAGAACUUUAUUCAGGAUACGUUUAGUAAUUAACGAAGAAGUAAAUCGAAAUUUUCAUGCACUUCCAUCAAACUUCUAUCGUGAUUAACUUAAAAAUGAUAAUUUCAAUGAUUCGUGAUUUUAACAUUUCAAAUUCAAUUAACAUUCGAAUGUUUCAUUAUUAAAGCUAUAAUUAAAGCUUUACUUCCUUACGUAACUUCGCUUUUAAUUCAAUUCAGUGUUCAUCUUUUAGUUCAAUUAAAUGUUCAUCUUCAUUAUUGAAACUUGAAAGUGUACUUUCAGAGAGACUGGUAUUAUAUAAAAAUCCUGGGCGAGAUAAAUCCAGCCUUUUCUUGUCCAGAAUUAUGAGCAUCGACGAAUUCUCGUGUUUUUCACGUAAAAGCACACAAAUAUAGAAAAUUUAUUGUCGGACGAAAUUAGAGCGCGACAUCAUCGUUUCUUGUACAAUUUCAUAAUUUUGUAAUUUUUAAUUUGUUUUUAACUUUUUAAUUCUUAUUACAAUACUUUCCAACGUUACUUUUUACAAUGAGACAUUUUGUCGAUAUUAGAAAUAAUGGACAAUUAUAAUCUAGUCAGUCAGACUCGACAUCAAGUUUCUUCUAACUUGUUGAAUGAGUAGAUUUGCGUCUUUUUUUAUCUGAAUAGUUGUCGCAAUUUAUUGUGAAAUUGUGCAAAUAUAAUCUUUAUGAAAACGAUAAAAAUUUUUCUUUACAUGCGGAAAAUGUUACACCUGCGAAAUUGUUAUAAAAAAAUAAGUGUCUUUGAUGAUCGAUCUCUUCACUGGAAAAAUGCUCUAACGAUCUAAAGACAAGUGGCAGAUUUUUAAAUAUCGUAUAAAUAAUUUUUAAGCUAUUAUACGUCAAAUAACUUCACAAAACAAAAUUUAUAAAACAUUACGAUUGUUAUUAGCUAUCAGAGAGUAAUCAGAAAUAUUGCAUUCCACUUUAAUGACGCAAUGAGAAUAAUUUCCAGGGCCGGUUCUGACGAGUGUGCAAUGUGUGCUUACACGUAAAAUUUUAAGGACGUAAAAAUAUUCAUAAGAAAUACAAAAAUAAAAAUGUUUGAUAUAUAUAUUAUGUUGUCAUUAAACCAACCGCAGUUUCACUGUAAGAAUCCGAAUGUUAUCGCCAAUGCUUGAACUCGAAUUAAUUCGAUUGCCUUUAAUCCAAAUUCACUAAAUUUAGUAGUCAAUGAUGCUGCUAAGUAACUUUUAAAACCGUCAUUUUUUUAGCUUUUAUUCGAAAAUUGUAUUGUUUUUCUGCAUCACAUUUUUUCUGUAUUAUCCUAUAGAUGAGAUGUAUUAAAAAAUAAAAUACGAAAAAAGCUUAUCGAAUCAUUACAAAAUUUAGGUUAUAUUGUUAAAAAUAACUUACACUUGUCAUUUCUAAAUUUGUUAUUUUUUUAGAAAUGUUUUCAAUGUUACCGACAUAACUGUUGCAUUUAGUGAAAUAAGUUCUGUGAAAUUAAAAUUAAUAAAGAAUUAUCUGCAAUCCUUUAUGACUCAAGACCGAUUAACCAAAUUAGGAUAUUUAACUAUAGAACAUAAACUUUGAAAGUUUAGAUUUAUUUGAUAUUGUAACCGUUAUAGAUAGUAAAAGGUCUAGAAUAGUUUAAUGGUAAUAAAAAAAUUCUUUUGUUUCUUCGUGGUUUUUUAAAUACAAUGUAUGUUUACGAAAUACUUUAUACGUAUAAAUGUAUAUCUUUUUGUUGUCUCGUUUUUCUACACAUCUAUAUAAAGGCGUAAAAAUUGUUCUCGCACGCAGACUAGUAAGAAGCCAGAACCGACCCUGAUGAUUUCUACCACGCUGGGAAAAGUCUAAUUGUAAAUUGAAUGAUUGAUUAUACCUGAUAAGUGAUGUAUGCUCUUCUCCAUGAGCAUACGUUUAUAAAUUAGUAAUUGGUUGAUCAAUGAUGAUGAAUAUCAAAUGACACUUAUUGAUGUAUCUUUUUUUACUAAGAUAGCGGUUAUUUAUCUUUGUUAAGAAGACGCGCUAUAGCAGAGUGUUGGUAUGAUUGAAAUAUUAUCGACUAACGUUAUUAAGUAUAGAUAGAAAUAAAAGAAGCGAUCUUUAAUUAAGUAGAAGCGAAGUGGGAGAGAGCCGCGAAAUUAAAGUUUAAUGUUUGCGAUUAAUAUAUCGAUUGAGGCAUUCUAAGAAUUCUGAAUAUUUCCUUCUAAUUUUGCAAGCAUGCAAGUGUCGCCGUGAAUGAAAAUUUCAUUACGUUUGCGUCCGUUUAGUAAUGUCGUGUUAAAUAUAUUUAGUUUAGUACAAUUAUAUUUAUUACAAUUAAAUAUUAGUAUUAUAGCAUAGUAUUAUUACUAUAUGAUUAAAACCGUAUGAUUAUUAAUAUUUUGUAUUUCGGGCUCUUUUCUGCAUACAUUCGUAGCCAAUCCAAUUUUAGAAUGCACGUUCGUUGCGUCGGAUUGGCUUCUUCUCAUCGACGAAAGUAACAGCGCAAUUACUAAUAUCGUUCCAGAUAUAUUCGAGAGCCGCGAGAAAUCUCGCGAGGGUAAUGUAAUGCGAAAUCUCUGGCUUUUAACCAUUUUAUAGUAUAACAUAAAGUGCGAGGGAGAUUCCGAGCAAAAGAUCCUCGUGAGCCGUUCCGGCGUACUCUUGAGUAAGAGACUACCAUUAAAGUACGAUACAAUAUACUCGACUCUCGUUUCAACCGUA